AUGGCAUUGGAGUACCUGGUGUGCAUGAGGCUGAGAGAACAAUUCGAACUGAGGAUGACCGAAAAACAAUUUGGAUUUACGGCGAUUAAGAGUACCUACAAUGGAUGCAAUAUUGAGAAUGAGAGAAUGAUUGGCACAACACAAUACAUACCAGAAGUACUAGAUGGAUCCAUCGAUUAUUCAAUGGAUCCAUUUUUAAGAGUAGACAUGAAAGCAUGUAGAUUAAUAUUAUGGGAAUUGUCAACUAGAUGUACAUCACAACUAGGAGCUACACCAGAAUAUAGGUUACCUUUUGAAGAAGAAAUUGGACGACAUCCAUCAUUGAAAGCCAUGGUAGAAUGUGUAGUGCAUAAAAGAUUAAGACCAGCUUUUAAAGAUAACUGGAAAUCACAUCCAGGCUUAAUAGAUUUAUGUGAUACAAUAGAAGAAUGUUGGGAACAUUGUGCUGUAGAUAGAAUAUCGGCAAGGUGUAUAGUGGAACGCUGCAUUACAUGGCAAUGUCGUGAAGAUGAUGAAACAGCAGUAACAAUGUUACUACCAUAA